AUGACGACCAUGAACACCUGCAGCCUCCUCCUCGUCGCUGUCGCCACCGCCGUCGUCUCCGUUGUCUGCUCUUUCGCCCCCUUGCCGUCGCCGGCUACCACAGACCCCGACCCCGACCCCUACCCCUGCCCAUGGAGGACGGUGGCUCACCCUGACGACCCCUUCAUCCAGAACCUCGGCAGCUGGGCGGUGGACCAGCUGCAUAUCGUGAUGCGCUUCAACAAGGUGGAUAGCGCCAAGUUGCAGGGAGUCGGCCAGUGCACCAGCCUGACCCGCAACUACUACUACGAGCUCAUCAUCGACUCGUCCCUCCGCGGCUCGGGCUCCAGCUCCGGCGACGACUACAGAAACUAG